AUGAAGAUUGGAGCGAAGGACAUCAGUGUCCCCAACGAGUUCUCGUUGCCUAAGCAAAUUCAGCGCAUGCUACCAGCAUUUGGCGCGCUCUUUUUGUUUGUCAUGUACCUUUCAGGUUGUUUCGAUAGUUCGUCACCUGGCCUCCACCGCAAGAAAUCUGAGCACUUUCCUCGGAAGGUAUGGCAGACCUGGAAGGUUGAUGCCUUUGGCUUCGAAGAAAAAGAUUCCAAAGUCGCGCGAACUUGGACCGCGAAGAACCCCGACUAUCGUUACGAGGUCCUAACAGACCAGAAUGAUCUCGCAUAUGUCGAGACUCAUUUUGGCGCGGAUGGACUCAAUCGUCUAGACAUCGUUUACAUGUAUCGAGAGCUUCGCCUCCCCAUCAUCAAGGCGGAUAUGCUUCGCUAUCUCGUCAUGUAUGUCGAAGGUGGUGUCUACACCGAUAUCGAUGUUGAAGCUCUACGGCCAAUCAACAAAUUCAUUCCGGAGCGAUACAGUGAACGAGGCAUUGACAUGGUCAUCGGUAUUGAGAUUGACCAACCAGACUUCCACGACCACCCUAUCUUGGGCAAAAAAUGCAUGUCAUUCUGCCAGUGGACUUUCAUGGCGAAGCCUGGGCUGCCAGUCAUGCUGGAUCUCAUUGAGAAUAUCGUCAAGUGGCUCAAAGACGUUGCUAUGGAACAGCAGGUGCCAAUAUCAGAUAUUCAGCUUGACUUCGAUCAAGUCAUCAGUGGCACAGGUCCAAGUGCAUUCACACGAGCAAUCCUCGAAUACCUUUCGCGACGAGCAGGAAGGCAGAUCACCUGGGAUCUUUUUCACAACAUGGGUGAGUCGAAGCUGGUAGAGAAUGUACUUGUUCUCACCGUCGAGGCCUUUGCAGCUGGGCAAGGCCACUCUGACUCCGGGAACCACAAUGCAAAGCAAGCUCUGGUGAAGCACCAUUACCACGCAUCAGGGUGGCCCACAAAUCACCCCAGAUACUCACACCCAACGCUAGGAACAGUGGAAAGCUGCAACUGGGAUCCAGUGUGCGUCAAGGCGUGGGACGAUAACAAAGCGGGGUUCGAUUCCCUGUCAGAAGAGGAGCAGGCCGCGCAGAUCGCUCUCAAGCAGCAAGGAGGGCAGCAGCCAAAGAACAAGCGACAAGCCCGGCGCACCAGGCCGAGGUGA